GGAACGUUUUAAUUACUUUUUUACCCAGUAUUGAAUAACGUUUCGACUGUUUGACUUGACAUUUUGAAUUAAAAUUUUGAAAUCGUAGACAAUAUCAACAUGUUGAAAUAUUUAUUCUUAUUAGCUUUCAUAUCUACAGCAUAUUGUGCAUUGGAUGAAAAAGAUUUUCCUCCAAAAUUGGUAAAAUUAGCUAAAAUGAUGCAUUUUGAAUGUCAAACCAUUACUGGAGCGACUGAAGAAGAAAUAAAGAAACUUAGAAAAGGGGAUUUUAAUGGUAGCGACGAAAUAAAAAGAUACGCUACAUGUUGUUGGUUGCAUUCUGGAUUAUUGGAUGUUCAUUUUAACAUUGAUAAAGAUUUCCUGUUAGACAUAGAACCAGAAAAACUAAAAGGAAAGUUUGUUGACUUAUACGAAAAAUGCGCAGAAAAAGGAAAAAAUUCUGGGUUGCCUAAAUUUAUUGAAAAAGUAUGGAUAGCUAAAAAAUGCAUUCACGAUGCUGAUCCAGAGAAUUUCAUCGUUCUCUGAGAUGGUUCUUCACAACAAUAUUUAAAAGAAAUUGUUUCUGUUAAUUAAUAAUAAAUAUAUUGAAUGUAUUUUAUUUCGUUUUUUAUUUAAUUUUUUCUACGUCAAAUCAACUUUGAUAUUUUUAAUGAUUGUGGA